UUCGUGACAAAGCGGCUGCAGAGACCUGCCUGUUGCAGAGUGUUCCUGUGUGACUUUCUUUAAAUGUGACCUUUGCUGAAGUAUUCACUGGAGCAAUGUUAACACAGUCAGCUGAGAGCUGCCAGCCAGCGUAUUCGCAUAGCAACUUGCCAUCAGAAGGGGACACGAAGGAGAUGAACUCAUAUCACUGAACCUAGGUUGUUGUGUGCCGUUCACUUUGCAGUACCAAGUUGUAUCUGCUGUAUUUUGAAUAAGGAUAUGUUUUAUAUUUUGUUCAAUUAAUGUUGUUCUACUUCUCAGAUACUGAAAUCUGCAGAGAACUUAGUCUAUUUGCUGCACAUGUCAACAGAGAAAAUCUAUGACCAGUUAGACUAUGUGAACUUUUCCCUCCAGUGGUGCUCCUCAUCUUGAAAACUUCAUUCAACUGGACCAUUCUGGAUCACUAUUUUGCCCCAAUUUCUUUUAUUAGUUUUUUCAAUAGUUACUUUAACUUAUUAUAGGCAUUAUUUCCAUUUCUAUGUUAAAAAGUUUUUACAACAUAUCAUUGUAUCUUGGCUAACUAUGAACUCAACCACAACCAACCUGUCAGACUGCCCUGAGGUGAAGGUCCCCUUCCCUGUCUUCUUCACCAUUGGAGUAGUGAGCCUGGCUGAGAACCUCCUGGUUGUGGUGGCCGUCAUCCGGAACAGAAACCUCCACUCACCCAUGUACUGCUUCAUCUGCAGCCUGGCUGCCUUUAACACCAUCGCCAGUGUGACUAAAACCUGUGAGAACUUCAUGAUAGCUCUGGCUGAUGUGGGGCAGCUGGAGAAGACGGGUUCUCCUGAGACCAAGCUGGAUGAUGUGAUGGACUCCCUACUUUGCAUGUCCUUUGUGGGCUCCAUUUUCAGUUUCUUGGCCAUUGCUGUUGACAGGUACAUCACCAUAUUCCAUGCGCUGCGGUACCACAACAUCAUGACGAUGCAGCGCGCCGGAACCAUCUUGGGUGUCAUUUGGAUCACGUGCGGCGUGCUGGCUGUGCUGAUGGUGAGGUUCUUCCACUUCAAGUUCAUCAUGAUCUGCUUCGUUGUCUUCUUCAUCAUCUCCUUGGCGAUCAUCUGCUUCCUCUAUGUCUACAUGUUCAUGCUGGCAAGAAUCCAUGCCAAGCACAUCGCAGCGCUCCCUGCUGGUAGCGGGGGUCAACGGCAGCGGAGGUGGGGCAGCAACAUGAGAGGGGCUCUGACUCUCACCAUCCUGUUUGGAGUGUUUGUGGUUUGUUGGGCACCAUUUUUCCUUCACCUCAUCAUAAUCAUGGUGUGUCCCAUGAAUCCAUACUGCGAGUGUUACAGGUCCCUGUUUGAGCUGCAUGUGGUGCUGAUGAUGAGCCACGCCCUGAUCGACCCGGCCAUCUACGCCUUCCGCAGCGCUGAGCUCAGACACACCUUCAGGAAGAUGUUGCUUUGUUCAGACUGGAAGUUGUGCUCAUAGGAAAGGUUAUUAUUCCUGAAUGUAGCUGAACCUCAUCUUGAAGACUACGAUGAUGUUCACACACCCAGACCCGCCCAGGAGGCUGAAGCUGAUCCUUUGGCAUGUAGAAGAGAAACCUCUGCAGAUCAGAUUUGUUCUGGUCUAACUUUCAAACACUUGCUUGGGUUGAGAUCUUAAUGUACAAUAAAACAUCUCUCAGUUUUACCAUCUGCUUUAUUAAGACACAAAGAUAGAAUCCAUUGUAAGUCACAUGACCAAAGAUAACAUCCAUCAGAUUAAAGUGAAGCUCACAUUUUAAUUUCUUCACGCCACCACUUACAUAAUUACAUAAAAUGUGUCUCAACAUGCAGAGAACAGUUAGGAGUUCAGUGUUGUCACGAUCAAUAAUCAAUUAUUUACCUGACAUUAAUUUCACUGAUAUGUCAAAAGAGAGAAUGUAUAGUAAGAAAAUCUUUUGUUUUUCCAUCACUGAAACAACCCAAAGGUAAAGCAGUUUGUGUGCAUAUUCUUCUGUUUCACAUUUGCAAAGGAGAUACAUGACAUCCAUGAAGCAUUAGCUAAGCAACAAUUACAACACAAAACAGAAAAAAACACUUUAUUAACACGGUUUUCAGUUUGUUUGCUCGAGAUUUUGCUAUUUAUAUACAUAAAAAACAUCCUAAAUGUUGCCUGCAGAUAAAAUCAAUAUUAAUGGCUUACAACAAAUAUUUCUAUGAAUCACAGGCCAACUGUUUCUGUUGUGUCUACCACAAAAGCCACGAUGCACGACAUUCUGCUGCAGUAGAAGCUGUGUUUUUAGAUAAAAAUCCUUCAAGCUUCUCAGUUUGGGAGGUAGGCACCAGAACACAUUUACACACGGCACUGCAAAGCUAUUUAUACAUUCUCUUUGCUUUUUUUUUUUUUUCAUAACCUUGUGGCAUCUUAUAAACAGCAGUUUAACCCAGACCAUCACAGGGAUGGUGGGAAGUAGAGAUCAUCUGCGAGCACAGGGACAGAAGGUGUCUGGAAAAUAGUCAAAUAGCAGGAGAAACAGCUGUGCUUUAGUGAGCGUGGGCAGAUGAAAGAAGCUGGUUUCUUAACUGUAGUAGUAACAGAACAGCAGCAGGCAGAAAAUUGGAUUUUGCCUAUUUGUGUCAUCUCAAAGAGGAAUAGUGUACAUGUGGUUCUACAGUGAAGUGUGAACACAUAACCAAUCAAAAGCAGUCAGUUUGUUAAAUGCUCGACAGUAAAAAUAAAUAACUUUAAAAAUAACAACUUGUUUGCAUGUUGUACACACAAAUGUUUUUGUUGUUUUUAUUUUUCUCUUUCUGUGCUUAUAAACCUGCUUUUAAGCUAACUUUUUCAUUUGAGUACCAUUUUUCCUUUAGUACAAAUAUGUUGUGUUUAAUUUUUACAGCAUCUCACCAUCAUUUCAAUAUGUGUUAACUAUCAACACUCCAACAGCUACUUCAGUCUAAAAACAACAUUUUUAUUAUACGCUUCCUUAAUCCACAGUUGCUCUCUACCUGCACUCAUUUGGCUGGAUAAGUUCCCAUCCUCAGGUUACCAAAACGCAGUGAGGCACUACCACCCAGCAGUGCUUUCUGAAGUCCUGCAGUAUGUAUACAUGAACUUCUGUGAGAAAAAGAAUUACUUUUAUACCUCAUGGGUGUUUAACCACUUACUUCCUUUGCUAUCGACUCUUUUUCCCCCUCAAAACUUCAGUGUAAUCUCUUUAAACCCCAAACAUCUCAAAAUGAUGAACAUUGCAUGUUUAUUAUUCAUAAACACAUGUUUAAUGGUGCAGUCUCCUUUCCCUUCAUGCUUUAGGUCUUAGCACAAAUACCUGGACAAAG